UAUGCAGAUGUUCGAUGGAUAUAAUAACCAUGUUGCAGACGGGACCGAUGUUCUGAUACAUAUUGAUGGUUAUCGUAUUGAAGACUGGAUGGGCAUCAAACGUAAGGUUGAUGGUCGUGGCUGCAUUGAUCUCUCUGGCAUUCUUAAGGUCACAGAAGGCUAUGGGAAAUCUGUAUCACUCUCUGUAGUGUCUGGUAAUGAAGUGAUCUUCAGGAAAGAAGAGUCUCAAAUUGAGGAACGAGAGCUAAGACUUGUAACCGAGCUGCCCGACUGCUGUGCUGCUGGUUCAAAUCUCGUGAACCUCAUCUUCCAAGUGACGGAUUCAGAUGGUUCUUUGGAUACUCGCAUCCAUCAUGACGAAAAAUCCGGGUGUUUCCAUACGAUGUGCAUUGAAUCUGAUUCAAGCAGCGUUGAGAAUGCAAUCAGAUAUGCCUUUGUCCACGGGUCCUGCAAAGUUCCUUCUCUUUCUCUACCUGAGAACGAGGGUGUCUUUUCUUACAGGGUGUUCCAUUCUCGAUAUCCCGAGCUGCAUAUGAGCGUAAAGGUAACAUGUGCUCCCACAUUUGAAAGAGAUGAGAUUGGGUAUUCGACACCGCAUUCAAGAACAACUCCACCACCUGAAUCAGGGAUGCCUUCAAUCACAAAUUCAUCGGUCACUCCAUGUUCACAGUUUGGAGUUUUGGCCAUUAGGUCAUCAUCAUUGGCUCUCAGUAGCCAAACUGGCCUGAUGGAUAUAGCACAGUACACUGAGAGUUUAAAAGAAACAAUCAAUAGUGACGAAGAACUCCGAGUUGAAUUAGAUAAGUGCCUAAAAUGUUUGCAGGAUCAACAUGAACAUGCUGAGCAAGAGUGUAGUAGACUGCAAGCUUCUCUGGAACCUCUUGGUGCAUCAUUUCCAGAAUGCCUAUCCACCAAAGAAUUAAUGAUGAAGCAAAUCGAAGAUAAGCAUCAUGACACUGCAGCAUCAGUGUUCUGUUGUCUGUACAGAAAGGCUCCGCCUCCACAGUCACUGUUGCUGUCAAAGAAAGGAAUGUUUGGCCUAGUAGCGCUGCUCGGUUCAGUUGCCUCAACGUCACUAAGCAGGGUUUUGUCUGAAUAUUUGGGGAAAGACACAAUGCUUUCGUUGGUGUGCAAAUCAUCACACUUUGGACCCAAAAGCGAUGAGUAUCGCAAGCUUCAAUCUGAAGCAGCUAGCCUCGGACGAUCUAUCACCAAUCGGUUUCUUGUUAUUUGUCUUGAUGCAAUUAGACCUUGGAGGAACGGACUUGUGAAGAAUGAUCCUCAGAAGAGAUUAGCCAUGGAUAACCCUUACCUGCCGAAUGGAGAUCCUAUACCGGGCUUCAAAGGCUAUGCCGUGAACAUGAUAGAUUUAGCUUCAGAGGAGCUGAAUAUACAAUCAAGCUCGGGUUACGGGCUCAGAGAGACGCUGCUCUAUGGAGUUUUUGGAGAGUUGCAGGUAUAUGAGACCGGAGAGCAUCUUGAAGCAGCUCUUCCUCACAUCAAUGGUGGAGACGCUGUGUCUCUAGAUGGUGUGAUCGCCAGAGAAAACGGUUUCAUAUAAUCCGGUCGCUGGUACAUGCAGUUUCUCUUUAUCCUUAAAAACUCAUUUCAGUUAUUAAGUUUGGAACUGUAAAGCUUGGAAGCCUAGAAACUCAUUUCAGUUAUUUUUUUUAAUCUGUCUUGGUUUUUGUGAGUGUUGAUGAUUGUUUUUUGGGCUUGUGUCAGUACACCGGAAGUUGAUUUUCCAAU